AUGGUAUUAGAAGGGGGCUACUGUGUCUGGUCAUUGCAGGAGCCCAAGGAGACUUUGGGCAGCUCUUGGCAAAGGAGGGCCGAGGCAGACUUUCUGCCAGCCACUGUCACCUCUGUGAAGCCUCCAUCUGCCUCUGGCUGUGCAGGGGAGAUGAUGCUGCCUUUGGCAGGCUCAGGGAAAGAAAUCCUGAUGAGUGGCAAAAGGUUGGAGCCAGAAGAAGAGGAUGAGCUGGGUUCUGGGAGAGAUGUGGAUUCUACUUCCAAUGCAGACAGCGAGAAAUGGGUAGUGGGAGAUGGCCUGGAGGAGCAGGAAUUUUCCAUCAAGGAGGCUAACUUUACAGAGGGGAGUUUAAAACUAAAGAUACAGACCACCAAGAGAACUAAGAAGCCCCCCAAGAACUUGGAGAACUAUAUUUGCCCUCCUGAGAUCAAAAUCACCAUCAAGCAGUCUGGGAACCAGAAGCUUUCUAGAGCUGGUAAAAAUGGCAAAGCAGCUAAAGAGGAGGACAGAUUGCACUCCAGAAAGAAGCCCGGACUCUCCUGGAUACGGGAAACCCACUACCAGAGGGUCCGCACUCGCUUUGUCCCGACGGACGUCUCAGUUAUUCGCACUCCGGGACCCCCUCCCAAACCGAAAGGGGGAUCCGCAAAAUACUUACCUCUCCCUGGGCGGCGCCUGGAUGCCGGGUGGCAGGUCCCAGAUGGAGGUGGUCCUCAGAUGGCAGCGGCUGCUCUCGGAGCGGGCGAGUGGCUCCUCCCUCGGGCCGGCUCCUCCCUCGGGCAGCUUGCUGCCACGGCUGCUCCGCCGCUCCUCGCUCGGCUGCAACAGGCUGUGCCGCUCGGCUAUGCCCCUUUAUCCAUAUCUUUAUAGGCUCAUUUAAAGCUUACAGUCAGAACUUGUUUAACAUAGUAAGAUAUAGCUUUCCAUAUAACAUAACAUUGUGGUUUGACAUUUGUAAUUCAAACUAACCACUAACACUAACAUUGCAAAGAUAAUUUGAUUAGCAAAUUAUUUAUCUUUGCCUUUAUUAACUAUUUCACUGGGGAAGGUAUCCCACCUUCUGUUGCUUCAAUUGCAGUAAGGAUCUCUGUGCACACCCCCAUGGCUUGGUGGAUCCAUCAGGCUCCCACCACCACCAAGCUCUCCCCAUCAAUAGGCUGUAAGAAACCACUGGUGUCCCUGCAGCUUGUUAUGCUUUAACUCCAGCCAAUAACCAAGCCCCAUGCAGCCGCUCACUGAUUUCCCUACCAGCAGAAUCAGGGGGAGAAUCAGAAGAGUAAAAACUAGAAAAGUCAUGGAUUGAGAUAGACAGUUUAAUAGGGAAAGCAAAAGCAAAGCAAGGGAUUCUUUCACUACUUCUUAUGGGUAGGCAGGUGUUCAGCCAUCUCCAUGAGAGCAGGGCCCCAUCACGUGUAACAGUUACUUGGGAAGACAAAUGCCAUCACUUCGAACAUUCCCCCCUUCUUGCCCUCCUUUAUAUGCUGAGCACGAUGUCAUAUGGUAUGGAAUAUCCCUUUGGUCAGUUUGGGUCACCCAUCCUGGUUGUGUCUCCUCCCAACCUCCCAUGCAUCCCCAUCCCCCUUUGCCAGCAUGGCAGUAUGAAAAGUAGAAAAGGCCUUGUCUCUGUGUAAGCCCUUCUCAGCAUUAACAAAAACAUCUCUAUAUUAUCAACCUUGUGUUCAGCACAAAUCCAAAACAGAGCCACACACCAGUCACUGGGAAGAAAAUUAACUCUACCCCAUCCAAAACCAGCACAGGGUCUUCCCUGCCACCCUUUCCCAGAUACGGUGGUGGUGGCAGACCAGCAAUGCCCACCCCCAUGGCAUGGGGUGGGUGGGCUGGCAGGUGGCCCAAAACUCUCACAUCUGGGCUCCUUCCCAGCAGAUUACCCAUCUCUGCUUCACAGUUUUGGUGGUGGGAAGGAACUAGCAGUCACUGUCUGUCUUCUACCUCGCCUCAGCCCCUUCCCCCCUCGUUUAUAAAGAGGAGGAGUGAUAGGGUUUUGGCCGAGGGACGCUCUCCGCCGUCCGUCUCUCAGGGACGGGGCCGGAUGACGCAAGCCCCCAUGCCGAGCCUCAUAGAGAGCACACAGCACAUAGAGAGUCGGGUAACAAAAAGGGUUUUUCCAACCUUCCUGCGGCUUAUAAGGCUGUUUGAGGGGAAGGGAGGGGCUUGGCCGCUCGGCUAGCCAACGGGAGGAGACGGGAGAUCAACACCCAACAGGAACCCAGAGACUGGGGAGAGACAGGUGAGACAACCAAUGGGGUUAGGA